AUGAAUGCGUUUUAUUAUUUGGAGAAGAAAAUUGUCGAGAAUAUAUUGAAGCACAUAUUCGUUGUAUGCGAUCGCAUGGUUUUGAAAUUUAGUUAG